UGGGGCUGUGGGUGGGGCGGCGGCCGCAGCGGUGGCUUUUACGCUUGGGGCCGGCGAGAGGGCGAGGGACUUGUCCGCCCCUGGAAGCCCAGUUGAGAGUCCAGGGUCGAAGGCAUUCGAGGAAGUCGCCCAGAGCGACUCGCCUCAGGCUCGAGGGAAGACGGCCCUGGGAGCCGGCGUCCCGCCCCCGGCGGCCUCCUUGCCCGACCCUCCUCCUUGGCUCGGCUCGGACGGCCCGGGCUCUGUCUUGGGGGCUACGGCGCUUCCCGCCGAGCAGUCAGGACUGGAAGCUGUGUGUGAGGGCCAGCUGGAGAAGACGAGACGCGGGAGCGGGGCCGGUCAGCCCCGAGGUCAGGCCGCGGGGUCCCUUCCCCGUGGUCCUCCGUCCUUCGCUCAGCCCUCUUGACCGGGGACCCGCGACCUCCCUCCUCGGCUUCUGCGUCUCCUUUGAGUAUGUCGUCAAAUUACCUGGCUAGUUGAUGUUAGUCCUGCUUUUGCCGGGAAGGAGAUAUUUAUUGAAAAGGAUAGCUGGCCUCAUCGCUUCCCCUGGCCUCUUAAAAGUUUUCCUUCGGUGGGAAUGCGUGUGUGCCUUCCCGGACCCUUUGCUGUCCCCACAUCAGCCGCCGCCCGCAGUAGCAGUUGGGAUCACCUUCAGAUCCAGUCUUAAAGAGUACCACCUACAGAACUACUUACAGAAGUUGUUCUCUCCCUCCCUACAAGGGUAAGUGGACUCUGGAGUUAAGAUGCAGGGUGCUGAACCAAUAUCAACGAUGAAAGUCUCAGAGAGCGAAGGAAAGCUGGAGGGCCUGGCCACAGCGGUGACCCCGAACAAAAACAGCAGCAACAGCAGCUGUGGGGGCGGAAUCAGCAGCAGCAGCAGCAGCAGUAGCCGCGGUGGCGGUGCGAAAGGCUGGCAGUACAGUGAUCAUAUGGAAAAUGUGUAUGGUUAUUUAAUGAAGUAUACAAACCUUGUCACUGGGUGGCAGUACAGGUUUUUUGUUUUAAACAAUGAAGCUGGGCUAUUGGAAUACUUUGUGAAUGAACAGUCUAGAAAUCAGAAACCCAGAGGUACUUUGCAGCUUGCAGGAGCUGUAAUAUCACCCAGUGAUGAGGACUCUCAUACCUUCACUGUAAAUGCUGCCAGUGGGGAACAGUAUAAACUCAGAGCCACAGAUGCUAAAGAGCGACAACAUUGGGUUAGUAGACUUCAGAUCUGUACGCAACAUCACACUGAAGCUAUUGGAAAGAAUAAUCCUCCACUGAAGUCACGGAGUUUCUCACUUGCAUCUAGUGGUAAUUCUCCUAUAUCCCAGAGGAGACCGAGUCAAAAUGCCAUUUCUUUUUUUAAUGUUGGACAUUCCAAACUACAGUCAGUGAACAAGAGAGCUCACUUGCCUCCAGACCACCUGGUGGAAGUCAGAGAAAUGAUGUCUCAUGCUGAAGGACAACAGAGAGACUUAAUUAAACGAAUUGAAUGCCUUCCUGCUUCUGGUCACCUUAGUUCUUUGGACCAGGAUCUCUUAAUGCUCAAAGCUACUUCCAUGGCGACUAUGAACUGCUUAAAUGACUGUUUUCAUAUCCUCCAGUUGCAGCAUGCAUCACAUCAGAAGGGCUCAUUACCUUCAGGAACGACAAUCGAGUGGUUAGAACCAAAGAUACCUUUAUCAAACCACUAUAAAAAUGGAGCCGAGCAGUCCUUUGCAACUGAGCAGACUAAGCCAGUGGCAGUCCCAGAAGAACAGUGUGUUGCAGAAUCUGGACUGUUAACAAGGGAACCAGAAGAAAUAAAUGCGGAUGAUGAAGUAGAAGAUACAUGUGACAACAAGGAAGAUGACCUGGGAGCUGUGGAGGAGCAACGCAGUGUUAUCCUACAUCUCUUGUCACAGCUUAAGCUGGGCAUGGAUUUAACAAGAGUGGUGCUUCCUACAUUCAUCCUAGAGAAGCGUUCCUUGCUGGAAAUGUAUGCAGACUUUAUGUCUCACCCAGGCCUAUUUAUAGCCAUCACUAAUGGAGCUACAGCUGAGGACAGAAUGAUUCGCUUUGUUGAGUACUACCUUACCUCAUUUCAUGAAGGUCGCAAGGGAGCCAUUGCUAAGAAACCUUACAAUCCUAUCAUUGGAGAAACAUUUCACUGUUCCUGGAGGAUGCCAAAAAGCGAGGUAGCAUCCAGUGUUACUAGCAGCUCUUCUACCCACGCAGUCACAAAUCAUGCGCUUCUAUCAGAGGAGACUUUGAGCCAGGUGGAAUCAGACUGUUAUACAGUCAGAUUUGUUGCUGAGCAGGUUUCCCAUCAUCCUCCAGUCUCAGGAUUUUAUGCAGAAUGUGCAGAGAGGAAGAUGUGUGUAAAUGCUCAUGUCUGGACUAAGAGCAAAUUCUUAGGCAUGUCGAUAGGCGUGACAAUGGUUGGAGAAGGUAUCCUCAGUCUUUUGGAGCAUGGAGAAGAGUAUACAUUUUCUUUACCAUGUGCAUAUGCCCGGUCAAUUUUAACUGUUCCUUGGGUGGAACUAGGUGGCAAAGUCAGUGUCAACUGUGCAAAAACUGGGUAUUCAGCCAGCAUCACAUUUCAUACUAAGCCAUUUUAUGGUGGCAAACUACACCGGGUAACAGGUGAAGUAAAGCACAAUAUUAGCAACACUGUGGUAUGCAAAGUGCAAGGGGAGUGGAAUAGUGUUCUUGAAUUUACUUACACCAGUGGAGAGACAAAGUAUGUGGACUUGACUAAACUGGCAGUGACGAAGAAAAGAGUAAGACCUCUGGAGAAGCAGGAUCCAUUUGAAUCUAGACGAUUGUGGAAAAAUGUGACAGAUUCUCUCAGAGAAUCUGAAAUUGAUAAGGCCACAGAGCAUAAACGUACCCUGGAAGAACGCCAGAGAACUGAAGAAAGGCACCGUACUGAAACAGGCACACCAUGGAAAACCAAGUAUUUUAUUAAAGAGGGAGACGGAUGGGUUUAUCACAAACCCCUUUGGAAAACAAUUCCAAUAAUGCAACCAACAGAGUGACAUACAGUAUCUAAGAGUUGACCAAAUGAGGUUCCUCUCUGUUUACCCUAAACCCUCCCAGAAUGGAGUCAUUGCACUGAGUGACCUGCUUCCUGAUUGCACAGACUGAAACUAGGUAAACACAGAUGUGCCUAGAAGGGCACUAUUGAGCUGCAGCAAGACCAAAGUGUUGGAGAAGCAUGAUGGACCUCUCACCAAACUGUUUAUAUGAUGUGAGCAAUAUCAUCUGAAAACCUUUUACCUAAAUUAUUAAAUGAUUAAUCUUUUAUCCAGUUCCUGUUCCUACAGCUAAGUUCAAUUCCCCUAUUUUUGCAUGGGGGCAGCAGAUAUAUACAACAGUGAGAACUCAGUGAUUUUUAUUUCUUUAUAGUGAAAAGUGAAGUCUUUCAGAGUUUGUGCUUUGCUUUCUGUCAGUAACUGAAGUAUUCACACUACUCUUAUAAAUAAAACCAAGAGGAGGAGGAAGAUGACCCAGAAGUGGAUUCAGCCAUUGUGCCUGAAAUCAGUGUUAAAAAAAAAUUCAACCAGAUUGUAGUAACAAGGCAUUCUAUUACUUCAAAAGACUGUGUGCCUGUGUCUGAGGAACUUACCCACUUUCCACCUCUCUCGGAACUCUCUUUUAAAAAAUAUAUUUAUAAAUUGAUUAGAAUUAUAACCAUGGAGGAUUUUUUCUUCUGAGCAUUUUAAUAUACUUGAAAACAACAUUGACUUGAAAAGUUUCAGAACAUUUUUCAAUACCUAGUUUUAUUAAAUAUUAUACUCGAGACAAUUUUUUAAAAUAUGUUAAUGUCAAUAUGAUGAGAUUUUGGCCUUUCUCAAGAACUGAGGCAUUAAAGAAUUUAGCAGAUGUUAAAAAAUAAACUGUUACUUUUUUCCUUAGCUUUUUUUCACUUGUAGGUUGGUGUCCAGUAUUAUGUACUAUCCCUCUGGAUAAGUAUGCUUUAUCUUACCUCUGUUCACUCAAAAUUUAAAACAACUUUCCAUAUUUGUCAGUAAUUCAAAAGUUAUAUAUAGACUGAGUGCAUAUAAGGUAUGGUUUUAUUUUCUUUUCAAGGAAAUUCAAAUGCUGAAGAAAGAGUAUAUGAAAUAAGAUAUCAGGAAAAAAAGAUGUCAGGAAGUUGUAUUCAGGUACAAAUCUUUUUUUAAAUAAGUAUUUUAUUGGGGUUGAAGGAUUACUGGCAUUAGAAGAAUAGUGCUAAUUACGACUGUCAUCAUUCAUUCAAGUAUUUAUUGAGCACCUACUUAGGUGCUCAACACUUGUUACUGCAAGCUACCUUAAUUUUCCAAGAGUGGUGCCUUACUCUUUUUCUUCUCAUGUGGUCUUCCAAUCAGUGUAUGUAACAUAUACCUGUUAUUCAUCUGCCAUUGUAGGUGGCUGCAUCUGUUGCAUCAUCAUAAGAAGUCUAAGCUUUGUGCUCUGAUGAAUUGUGUUUUAUUGAAGGGGUUAAUAGGAUGAAAACUGCUUAACAAUUUUUUCAACAAAUUGUAAAUUAUAAGAAGAUAAUUGGUUUAUGCACAACCAUUUUAAUGAUUCCCUUGUUCAUUUUGCUGUGAAAUGCACUGAAAAAUAUCAAAAUGGGUUAUAGUUCAUGUGUUGGGAAGAUUGAAGAACAAUAAAACUGGAGAACAAUGA